UGCGAUAUAAUUGAUUACGUAAUAGACAGUUUAUAUAAGAAAACAGUACAUUGUGUACGGAUGAUUUCAAUUCCUUUUACUUAUUAGAGUGUAUUUACAUGUGAUUGAGUAAAUUGUCAAGCGUUAGCAAAUUCCGAUCGUCAUUGUGUAAAGGUGGGUCAGCUUUAAAAGGAUGAUUUAGUCAUUCGGCAAUCAGAACGAUCAUUGCCGCGGGAUCGUCACGAGUCGCAGUUAUUUAAUUAAGAAAUUUAAAAUGUUUAUAUCAUUUCUCGCAUCUUUUCUGUUCUCCGUGAUCCUUGCUGCUGACAGCAACUUGAAUAGGACGGAUUUGAAAUGCGUUGGACAUGCUUUUCAUAACGUGUCUCUUUCCGCUUAUUAUCCCGUAUUCGGGACGGACGAUAAACGCAAUCAUCUAGACGAUCGAGGAAAAAUGUUGAAUACUCUCCAGGAUUACCUUGAUGGUCGCGUUCCUUACGUCACCGUCGCCGGUAAUUUGAGAUCUGGCAUUCCGUAUGGAACGAAAGUGUGCAUAGAGAGAUUGAACGAGCAAUUCGGUAAACAAAUUCAUCUACAGAUAAGAGACCAAGUUGAUUGCGAAAACAAUGAUAUCGCACUUGAUUUCUCAAAAUUAGAAAUUUGCGUCAGAACUGAGGAGGAUACCUAUGAUACCUAUCUCAACAACCUUGUUACUAUCUAUAUAUAAUAAUCACAUAAUAACAAAUAUGUAUUUUGUCUCUUAAUUAAUCUUAAAUAUUAAAUAAAAAUUAAA